CCUCCUGGGUGGAGGAUUGUUUUCUGGGCAAAUUAGUUUUACUACUUAGAAUGGAGGAAGUAGCCAAAAAAGGGUCCCUACGUAAAUGAACUCUCCUUUUUGUCUUCAGCUUUUUACACAAGGAUCCAAGAACGCUCGAAGUACUUAGUGUCUGUUCCUUUGGCCCGCAGAUGGCAGGUUGGGGCGUGGGAGAGGAGUCUUAGAAUAAACCAUACAGUGGAUAAAUUAAAAAAUGAUGUGACUUCCUUGGAUGACCUCCAAACCCAAAGCCCGUAACGCCACACCUUGAUUCAUAGAAUUCUGAAUGUUGGAUCCCAGUCUUCUGUAUUCCUUAAUGUAACUUCUAGGUAAUAGUAAGAGAAUAAGGUUAAAAACAAAAUCACCCCUUCUUUCUAAAAUAAAAUAAUUCCGUAGACCAACUCCAACUCUCCUCCUAGCUUCUUCCAAUACUGUUACUGGGGUUGUUUCAGAAAUCGUACUCUACCUUCCUGAACUGGUUAGAAAGAAUAUGUGUGUGUGUGUGUGUGUGUGUGUGUGUGUGUGUGUGUGUGUGUGUGUGAGUGUGUUAAACUGGUUAGAAAUCCUGGAAUAGAGACUUGUAAGGUAUCGGCAAGCCGACUUCAAUUAGAAUUAAUAUUUUAGACUAGCCCUCGGGGCUCCAGAGGCAGCUCUGUGGUUAAAGGCACUUGCUGCUCUUACAGAGAGCUUCAGUUCAGCUCUCAGCACCUAUAGUGUGGGAGAUCCAGACCUCUCGCCACAGUAGCACUUGUACUAAAGUGCACGAACACACACAUUAAAAAUAAUGUAAAAUAACUGAGGGAGGGAAGCAUUCAAAACCGGAAAGAGGAGAGUCGGAACUUGCUACCGUUAGUUCCCAACCGGACCCAUUUUCCUGCCCUCAGGAAGUGGGGGCUGUGUGAUUCCAGUUGCCGGAAGUGUUGUUUCGGUGUUUCUGGUUGAAUUUGUUGUUCGACUUUUGCGCCGUGCGAUGGUGGCAAGACAUUGCUUCAAAUUCAGCCAUCCCCCUCAACUGUAAAAAUAUAUGAAUCAGAAUUGCUUCUUCCCUGGACAAAACUCUGAGUAGAGACCAGAAUGCUUCACUUCAUCCAGAAAAUUUCUGGAGCAUCUUCAAAGAUGCUGAAGAACCCUUUUACAGUGAGACUCAGAGCAGGCAGAAUUGAUAUACUUUCUCCCAAGACAUGUCUUCGGCAGAACUUUUCUUCUUUGUCUCCAAGAACUUGGCUUUCCCCAUCAUUUCAAGUGUGUAUGAGGAAGAUACAGUGCUAUCAUGCGUCACCAUGCAACUUUAAAAAGCAGAAGGAGGCAGUCCUUCCUCCAAGGAAACGAAGGACCAUCACGUACCUACUUGAUAGCCCAAAGCCAGCCUUAUAUAUAACUCUGGGGGCGUUAAUCCCCUUUACUGCUCCCCCACUCCUCAUGGUAAUAACAAAGUCUUAUAUCCCCAUACUAGCUUUUACUCAGAUGGCUUAUGGAGCCGGUUUCCUAGCUUUCUUGGGAGGGAUCAGAUGGGGCUUUGUUCUGCCAGAAAGUAGUCCAGCCAAACCAGACUACAUUAAUUUAGCUAGUAGUAUGAGUCCUGUUUUGUUUUCAUGGUCAGCCAUCCUAUUUUCUGACAGACUCGAUGAAGCCAUAGUCACAUUAAUAAUAGGUUUAGGGAUAGCAUUACACAAUGAACUUUUCCUCUUACCAGAUUAUCCCAACUGGUUCAAAGCCUUAAGGAUUGUAAGUACUUUAGUGGCUUUUAUCUCAUUUGUAGUCACUUUGAUACUUGAAAACAUUUAUCCAGAAAAAGGGCCCAAGAGACUUAGUUAAGUAGAAAUAUAAAACUAUUUUCUUGAUAUUAUUUACAGUGUCUGUGGAGGCCAGAAGGCUGUUGAAUCCCUUGGAUCUAGCUUUACAGAUGGUUCUGAGCCAUUUAGUGUCUAGGCUUGGAGCUAAAUUUGGGUCUAUAGCAGUAUAUAGUCUUGAGCAUUUAGCCGUUGCAUUUUAGCAUCACAAUUCUGUUCCUCUUGUUUGGCUCCUUUUUCCCCCCUCCCACUGGUAGGAAUUUAUUCUUCAGACAUAGUUUUUGUUUUCUAAAGAGUAUUUUUUUUUUAGCCAGAUGGUGGUAGCACAAAUUUUUAUCACAGCAGAAAGGAGGAAAAAGCAGGUGGAUCUCUUGAGUUUGAGGCCAACCUGGUCUAUAAAGUGAGUUCCAGGAAGGCCAAGGUUACACAGAGAAACCCUGUCUCAAAAAGACAAAACCAAAAAAAAGUUACAGAUAUCCAUCUGCCUUUGCCUCCUGAGUGUUGGAAUUAUAAAAAUCAUUAAGUAACUUAUCUGAAAUUUUUCCUAAUUCCUUGUUAUGUCAUGUAAGGUUAGUUUACCUUUUUUUGUGUGUGAAUUGUAUGUACCUAAACAUUUCAGUGUCUUGAUUAUACUGAGAACAGUAAAAGACAAGAUGAAAAAUCCUAUAUUAGAGUCUAGCAAUCAUGAAGUCAUAUUUAAUGAAAAGAAUCCUACUUGUAGUGGUUUGAAGAGAUUUAGCCCCCAUAGACUCAUGUGUUUGAAUGUUUGGCCUUGUUGGAGGAAGUGUGUCACUGUGGAAGUAGACUUUUGACCCUCCUCCUAGCUGCCUGGAAGGCAGUCUUCUUCUGGUUACCUUUGGUACAAGAUGUAGAACUCUUAGCAGUGCCAGUGCUGCCAUGAUCCUGCUUUGAUGAUAAUGAACUGAACCUCUGAACCUGUAAGCCAACCCCAAUUAAAGUUGUCCUUUAUAAGAGUUGCCUUGGUCAUGGUGUCUCCUCACAGCAAUGGGAAUCUAAGGCACUACUAAGAAGUUCAUGACACCUUGAAAAUAAAAGUCAAGUUUUCUGUCAA